AGCGAGGAGCCGUUUGAACUUCACAGAUAGAGCGACACAGAGCGCGCGGAGGAGGGGCUCGUGCGAAGUUCCUGACAGUUCGCGCACUCCAGUUUAAAGACCAGCAUCAUAGUCGCUGCAAAGACCACCCGAAUGAACUUACACAGCUUGUGAACAACUAGCAGAAAAAAAGAGGGGCAGUCGAACUCAAGCCGUCUAGUAGAUCCACGCGCACAGGAUUAGUUUCGGACGUUUGGACGGUGUUUUGGAGAAUCUCUGGUGUUCCUCUCGCGCGCAGGCGGAGCGGCGCGUGCUCAUCAUCGGCUCAGCAGAGCUGUCAUGCUGCCUAAAGUCGAGUCAGAAUCUCUGGGACUCGCUCGAUCGCAUGGGGAACAGGGGCAUUUGCCUGGAAACAUGCAAGCCCCCCACUUUAAAAUGAUGGACUACUCUUACGACGAAGACUUAGACGAAAUGUGUCCAGUGUGUGGAGACAAGGUGUCCGGAUAUCACUACGGGUUACUGACCUGUGAGAGCUGUAAGGGCUUCUUCAAGCGCACGGUGCAGAACAACAAGCGCUACACAUGUAUAGAGAACCAGAGCUGUCAAAUAGACAAGACCCAACGGAAACGCUGCCCCUACUGUCGCUUCCAGAAGUGCCUCACUGUCGGCAUGAAACUGGAGGCUGUGAGGGCCGAUCGAAUGAGAGGAGGUCGCAACAAGUUUGGCCCCAUGUACAAACGAGACCGGGCACUCAAGCAACAGAAGAAAGCCUUGAUCCGGGCCAAUGGACUCAAGCUGGAGGCCAUGACGCAAGCCAUGCAAACCGUCCCAGCGGACCUCACCAUUACCUCUGCCAUUCAGAACAUCCAUUCGGCCUCCAAGGGGCUUCCACUGAGCCACCAUCACCACCACCACCACCAUCACCACCACCAUAGCUCCACAAGCGCAGGCCUGCCACCUGCAGACUUUGACCGCAGCCCCUUCGUCACCUCGCCAGUCAGCAUGGCCAUGCCGCCGCACCCUGGAGGACUGCAGGGCUACCAGCCAUACGGCCACUUCCAGAGCCGCACCAUCAAGUCAGAGUACCCCGACCCCUACACAAGCUCGCCGGAGUCUCUCAUGGGCUAUCCGUACGUAGAAGCCUACACGGGCGGAUCGCCGCCCAGCUUUCCUCACCUGGUGGUGGAGCUCCUCAAGUGCGAGCCGGACGAGCCCCAGGUGCAAACCAAGAUCCUAGCAUACCUGCAGCAGGAGCAGGCCAGCCGAAGCAAGCACGAGAAACUCAACACUUUCGGCCUCAUGUGCAAGAUGGCCGACCAGACACUGUUCUCCAUCGUAGAAUGGGCCAGGAGCAGCAUCUUCUUCCGGGAACUGAAGGUUGACGACCAAAUGAAGCUUCUCCAGAACUGUUGGAGUGAACUCCUCAUCCUGGACCACGUUUUCCGUCAGGUGAUGCACGCCAAAGAGGGCUCCAUCCUCUUGGUGACAGGGCAACAGGUGGAUUACGCCCUAAUUGCCUCCCAAGCCGGUGCCACACUCAACAACCUCCUGAGUCACGCGCAGGAGAUGGUGAGCAAACUGCGAUCCCUCCAGCUGGACCAGAGGGAGUUCGUCUGCCUCAAGUUCCUGGUGCUGUUCAGCUUGGACGUCAAGAACCUGGAGAACUUCCACCUGGUGGAGAGCGUCCAGGAACAGGUCAACGCCGCGCUGCUGGACUACGUCAUGUGCAACUAUCCACAGCAGACGGACAAGUUCGGCCAGCUUCUGCUGCGGCUGCCGGAGAUCCGGGCCAUCAGUCUGCAGGCCGAAGAGUACCUGUACUACAAACACCUGAACGGUGACGUGCCCUGCAACAAUCUACUCAUAGAGAUGCUGCACGCCAAACGUGCCUGAGGACCUUCUCGUCUCGACACAUCGCGCGCACUGCUCCCAGCG